AGUUGGCUGGCGUUCCCCUGGUGCUGCAGACUGCCUCACUUACAGCACAGGGAGGUCACGCAUUCCAGGUUUCUUCCCUGGGGCUGGGGAAGGGGUGGAGGGCUGUUCUUGCUUUGGCACUGCAGUUUUUUUUCCAGGACUUUUGAAAGCACUAAUUGAUAGCAGCCCCAGAGCCUCUGCUGGUAGGUGGGAUCCUGGUGGGCUCUGGGACCUCCCCCGGCUUCUGCAGCUCAGCCUUGCCCUCGGUCCCUGCUCUCACCCACCAAGCAUCAGCAGAGAACACUACCAUCUCUCCCACCGAGCCAGGAAACCCAACCUUGCACCGUGACCGUAAAUAUGAUCCGUCAAUAAGGAUCAAUAGGCAUCUGUGUCAGUGAACUUGUCUCUGCCCUUGGCAUCGGAAUACAGACUCGGCAAUGCAUUGUGAGCCCUGCUCAUUAGAAAGACACCCCUUUGUGAGGAGACCCCGAAACCCCUCCAGCUAGUCUCCAUGUCACAGAGAGAAAACUUAGUCUUGACAAUGGCAUCCCAGAGUCCUGCCCUCUCUCUACCCACCUGCAGGCUUUUUCCUCUCUGACCCAUCACCUGCCCUCAACUCCAGCUGUUCGACCUGGUCCAGCCUCUUCUCUCCCAAAAGCAGAGGGUCCUUGAAGAUGCCUGGGAACUCUCACCAUGGAAUCUUCCAUGCUGGGACCCGCCUAGCCCCAGGCCUGCACAGCACAGGUGGUGGACACAUGGGACAAAUGGACAGACAGGUUGGCCGUCCCCAAAAGUGAGCCACAUCUGUGCUAUUUGCCUCAUUUACCAGCUGAAGGAAUGGUUCAGAGAGGGUCAGUAAUUUGUCCAUGGUCACGCAGCGGGUGGCGUGCACGGCUUGAUGAGCAUCAGAAUCGCCUCAGUCUCCACUUUCUUGCCCUGUUCUUUCCUCUGCAUUGUCAGCCCUUACCUUUCCCUUCCGUGGUUUCUGUACCCCUUCCUUCCAUGCAGGUACCAUGAGAUAGGGCCGUGACGAGUGAGACAGUGCUCUUCGCCUCCUGAGGCUCUCAGCCCAGCGAGGAAAUAGUGAGCGAGUAGUGCAGGCAGGGUGGCUCCAGCGCUGUGGGAUCCAGGAAAGGUCCUGACUCAGCCUUCCUGCCGGAAGCUCACCCCAGCUGAACCCUAUGGAAUGAAUAAGAGCCUCCAGGCCCAGCAGGGUGGGAUGGGUUUCCGGACCCUGGGGGCAGCCUCAGCAGGAGCCCAGAGGCAGGAGCAACUGAGCCCUGUGGGUCAAUCAUGUUGUUUCAAGUUACAAGUAAUCAGUUUUACAUAAUAAAGGGGAUUUAUUCUCUCAUGUCACUGAAAAGUCAAGUGUAGGGUGGGCUGCAGGUAUGGCUAGGUCAGGGGGUUGACACUACUAGCCGGGCCCUGCUCACCUUCCACCUCUUCCACAUGAAAUAGCAGAGCGGCCAUCAUGACCCCGGCUUUCACUUCCAAAUGAAAACCCUGCCAGAACAACGGAUUGUUUCUUCUCUCCCUGCAUUAAUCUGGGGUUUUAUUCUGAUGACUGUAUUAGGACUCAUACCCGCCCCUGGACAUAUUACUGUGAUGACAGACAAGCCGCAGUGCCUUGCUCCAGCCAGCUGCGUAACCACCGCGCCUCCGUCCGCAGUGGGGCCAGACCGCGUUCUAAUUAGGGAUCGUCACACACCGUCCUUUCCGGAAGACGCUGGAAAGACCACAUCGCUUUGCCCUGCGCCACGACCUGUCCUUCGAGGUCCUCACCCCCAAGGGACCCUGCCUGUCAUAAAGAUUAAUCAGCCUCCAUCCCUGUGGAUGGGAAAGGAAAUCACUGUUAUUAAGUUUGAUUAAAACCUCAUCAAGACACAUUAUCAGCUGUUUAAGGAUUGCUGACAGAGAAAGCUCUUUUAUUUCCCCAAAAAGGACAAUUAUGCAAAAAGAUCCAGCCCGCAUAGCCUUUGACCAUCACAUGGGGAUGUCCAGCAGGCUGGCUGGGGCUCAGCAGCAGUGAGGUCGGCCCCCGCCCCCCAGGAAUUCCCACCUUGCUUGUGAUCUAAGCCUCAGUUCUAGACAUUUUCUUCCAAAUUCUUCCUCAGUUAGGACGAAUUUCCCCCAGCUCAGCCCCAGGAGGUCCCCAUCAGGCAAGCAGAAGUGGCAGCCAUGAGGAGGAGUGUCCUCAAAGUCCUCACCCUCCUGGUCUUCUUGAUCUUCCUCACUUCCUUCUUCCUGAACUUCUCCCACACCAUGGUGACCACCGCCUGGUCCCCGAAGCAGAUGGUCAUGGAGCUCUCCAAGAACUUCAAGAAGCUCAUGAAGUACCCGCACAGGCCCUGCAGCUGCGUCCGCUGUGUCGGGCAGCGGCAGGUCUCCCCCUGGUUCGACGAGAGGUUCAACGCGUCCAUGCAGCCGCUUCUGACGGAGCAGAACGCCAUCUUGGAGGAAGACACCUUCAGGUGGUGGCUGAGGCUCCAGGGGGAGAAGCACCCCAGCAACCUGAAUGACACCAUCAAGGAGCUGUUCCAGGUGGUCCCGGGGAACGUGGACCCCCUGCUGGAGAAGAGGUCGGUGGGCUGCCGCCGCUGUGCCGUGGUGGGCAACUCGGGCAACCUGCAGAACUCCUGGUACGGCUCCCAGAUAGACCGGCACGACUUCGUGCUCAGGAUGAACAAGGCCCCGACGGCAGGGUUUGAGGACCAUGUCGGGAGCAAGACCACCCACCACUUCGUGUACCCCGAGAGCUUCAGGGAGCUGGGGGAGAAUGUCAGCAUGGUCCUGGUGCCCUUCAAGACCACUGACCUGGAGUGGGUGGUCAGUGCCACCACCACAGGCACCAUCACCUUCACCUAUGUCCCCGUCCCCAAGAAGAUCAAAGUGAAAAAGAAUAAGAUCCUGAUAUACCACCCAGCCUUCAUCAAGUACGUCUUCGACAGCUGGCUGCAGGGCCACGGCCGGUACCCGUCCACCGGCAUCCUGUCCAUCAUCUUCUCGCUGCAUGUCUGUGAUGAGGUGGACUUAUACGGCUUCGGGGCCGACAGCAAAGGGAACUGGCACCACUACUGGGAGUACAAUCCUUCGGCUGGGGCUUUUCGAAAAACUGGGGUGCACGAUGGAGACUUUGAGCACAACGUGACGGCCACCUUGGCCUCCAUCCGCAAAAUCCGCAUAUUCAAGGGGAGAUGAUGCCGCGCGGCUCCAGGACUGGUACCCCAGAGUGCGCCUCUUCACGACCAGCCUCAGCUUCUCACUGGAAGCCUCUUUCCGGGAGCUUCGAGGGUCAGCCUCGGGGGUGCGUCCGGAUGCGCCCGCAGCCUCUUGCGUCCCGACAUUGGGCAGUAUCUACCCAACCAGGGCCAGAGUCCCGCCGGGCUGCCGAGCCAGUCUCAGAACUGGCCUUGGGUGGGGAGCACGCUCCGCUGCGGCCCCAGGACUGGUGGAAGGUGGGGAGUGGGGGGAGCCGUCUGCUCUUCAAACACAGCGUUUCACUGCAGCCUCGGGAGCUUCGGCAGGCAGAUCCUGAAGACGCGGUGUUCCGAAGGGCAGGCUGCUCUGCCAGGGAAGAUGGGCUGGGCCUCUCCUCCGCUGAGGGCUGACGCACACCCCAUCCUCGCUGGCAUCUCCCCGAGCGAGGGUCCUCCGGGACAGAGCCACGGGGGCACUGGGGGCGAGAGGCCUCCCGUCUUUGCACGGCGCCUGCCCUCCCUCCCACUCGCUGCGGCAACCCCUUUUCCCAUUCUCCCCCAAUUCGCCUCUGGUUGCCAGGAGCAGCUCCCCAGCCCAAGUCGGCACAGACCCUGGCCAAGGUGCUCUGACUCCGCCAUGAGUUCCUCCCGGCGGCCCCCGAGCAGCUGAUCUCGGUGAUGAUGAGGAUGGUGACGGCGGAGCAGCCCUCACUGUCCAUGUGCCUUUGCGCGGGGGAGCAGCACGGGCACUGGCGUGAAGGAGGCCGAGAUCCCCGGCCGGAAGGGGGCCCGCCCUGCCCGCAGCCAGCCUCCUGGGCCUGCUCUCGGCUGGAACAAAGCCCGGCUGCCGCUCUGCACCACCCGGGCCACUUCAGCCGUGGAACGUCUGCCCUUUGCGUCCCAGACGGUGGGAUCCGAGCCCCCGGCCCUCCAGGGCCUCCCAGCAGCCGUCCUGCCCUCUUCUUCCCUCCCGGGGUCUCCAGAGCGGUCGGGCUCCAGGUCCAGUUCCCUGCUGGCCACCUGCCUGGUGUCGGGGUCGGGCCGUCGACAGGGCGUGGCCAGCAGAGCAGAAGGCCCCCACCCCCUCUUGCUCCCCAGCUCUUUCUUCCUUCCUCCCAACCUUCUUGAUUAUUUAUUGAUUUUUUUUUUUUAAUUCAACUGACACUGAGUGCACUUUGUCUCUCAGUGGUGGUCCGGGGAUCUUCCCUGCUCUUCCUCUUGCUUCACCGGCAGCUAGGGAGUGGGGAGCUUCCAACAAGCUUCACAGGGCCCCCCAGACUUGGGAUUUUGGGUUCCUGAGGGCUUGGGGCUCACACAGGCACAUCUGGGGGUGUCUGGCUGGUGGGUUUAUGGAAUGUUCUCUACCUCCUUCCCGCCCAGCCCCACCUUCCUUCUUGCUCAUUGUGGUCUUGGAUUUAGUUUCAGGGGAGGAAUCUCAAAAACUCAGGGGUACCGUCUUGGGGAGGGGUGGGAGUAGAGUCACAGGCAUAGGAUGAGAGAUAAUGGCUCCAGUUCCUGACGUUUAAUCAGAAAAACCACUUUUCCCAUUGGAGGGCAUUUCCUAAGAGGCCACCGCUGCUUUGGGAGGGGCAUGCCAGGUUCCUGCGGGGUAUGAAGCAUUGGUCUCUUCCACCUCAGGGCCUGCUUCCUCUGCUGGGCAAGUGCAACUUUCCCAGCCUCAGCUUCUCCCUUCGACCAAUGGGAGAGAGGAAUUGGGGAGCUCAGCAUCGUAGAAAUUGCAUACUGUUUGUUUUUUGCCCUUGAGUUUGUGCAAAUGAGCAUUUUCCUGGGGAGAGUUCCUAUAGCUUUUAUUAGAUUCUCAGAAAGUGUUAACAAAGAAAAGAAAACAACUCAUUCCAGCUUUAAAAUGUUCCUCCAAAACUUAAGAACAUCUUGCUUGAUAAAGUCCCACAAGUAGCUGUGAGGUCUUCAGUCCCAACAUGAACCCUCAGUCCUGCACUCAGAGCUGGGUACUCAUGCCAGGAGCCCGGCAGGGUCUGCCAGUCACCCGGUGGGCCCCAGGGGCCAAGCUGGGGUCCCAGAGCCAGGACACAUCUAUCUUCAAGGCUGGGCUGUGCGCCCGGUCCCUCCCCCUGCAGCCAGGCUGCUCCAGCUGGGAGAUGCCUCUCAUUCCGGGACUCACAUCCCACUGCACAGAUGAGAAAAGCAAGACCCAGACAGGGAUGGGUCUUCCAGCGAUUGACCCAGCAUUCUCGUGCCCCUGGUGGGCAUCUGGUUGGUGGUGAACAGGGCCACGGGCAGGCCGCCAUCCUCUGUGGGCUGGGCUAGCAGGAGACAAUCAGCUCUCCUCUUGUUGAAGUCACAAUUCUUCCUAGCUCUAGAGGCUGCAGAGAAAAGCAGGGAUCCUUGCGGGGGGGGGGGGGCACAGAGACAGGCCAAGCGGCCCUCACAGUCAGUCAGCAUCAGGCAUUUGCAUCUGUGCUCCUGACCAAAUGUGUUUCCUGCAGGCGGCAAGCUGGCUGCUGGCCCCAGGGAGCUCCUAGCCCCGAGUGGCCUCUGACCGCUUGCCCUCCCAGCCCAUCCGGAAUCUGGACUCCUCUUGAGCUGGACUUCCCAGGCGGGCAGGGCUUGGCCACCUUCCCCGGCUGUGCUCUGACCCUCGCCCCAGGGGUCGUCGCUUCGGCACUUCACAGAACUCACUCAAAGCCAAAGUUCCCCAGCACUGUCCCUCCUCCUCGGUCCUGCUUGUUUGUCGUUGGUGUUUCAGUUUGCUUUCCCGCCCCGUGUUCAGUGGUGUGUUCACUGGGAUGUGAUUUGAAUGGAGCUUGCAAGCAUCUCCCCUCCCCGGCCUCUGCUCUGUAUUAUUUAUUGUCGAUCAUUGCCAAUGAGCCCGAUCAAGUGAAUUAAAAAAGCUAUUUUAUCAUUCGGGUGUUUGUCCUUUAUCCACAAGGGCCCUGGGUGUCCACUCCCGCUGUGUCCACUCGGGAGAGCUGAGUG